GCCCCUCCUUCCUCUUCCUGCCGUUAGCCUAUCGCCUUCUCCCUUUGCCGGUCGCGUGCGCGCUGCGCGCCUGUGACGUAGUUUUCGCGCGUCCGCGUCUUUUGGAGCCGCGACGCUAAACAUGGCGUGUUCGUAGAAGCCGCUUUCGGCAUCAGUAGGCGGCGGCGUGGGGACUGGCAGCGUGGGGCGCGGGACCAACCGACGCCACUUCGUGUUGGGAAGUGGGAGCGGGAGGGCCGGGCAAUUCCCGACCGGACCAAACGGUUUCCAUGGAUCUCAAUAGUGCCAGCACUGUUGUUCUUCAGGUCUUAACACAGGCCACCAGUCAGGAUACUGCUGUGUUAAAACCAGCUGAGGAGCAGUUGAAGCAGUGGGAAACACAGCCAGGUUUCUAUUCAGUGUUGCUGAAUAUUUUCACAAACCAUACUUUGGAUAUAAAUGUAAGGUGGCUUGCUGUACUGUAUUUUAAACAUGGAAUUGAUCGCUACUGGAGACGUGUAGCACCUCAUGCUCUCUCAGAGGAGGAGAAAACUACUCUGCGUGCAGGGCUCAUCACCAACUUCAAUGAACCGAUAAACCAGAUUGCAACUCAGAUUGCAGUGCUGAUUGCAAAAGUUGCUAGAUUGGAUUGUCCCAGACAGUGGCCUGAACUAAUUCCCACCCUUAUAGAGUCUGUUAAAGUCCAGGAUGAUCUUCGACAGCACAGAGCAUUACUUACUUUCUAUCACGUUACCAAGACACUGGCAUCCAAACGACUUGCUGCUGAUAGAAAACUAUUUUAUGAUUUAGCUUCUGGAAUUUAUAAUUUUGCCUGCUCUCUGUGGAAUCACCAUACAGACACUUUCCUGCAACAAGUUUCUUCUGGCAGUGAAGCUGCAAUUCUAAGUUCACUAGAACGAACUCUGCUAUCGUUGAAAGUGCUGCGUAAGUUAACUGUUAAUGGAUUUGUGGAACCUCAUAAAAAUAUGGAGGUGAUGGGUUUUUUACAUGGAAUAUUUGUACGUCUAAAACAGUUUCUGGAAUGCAGUAGAAAUAUAGGUACAGAUAAUGUGUGUAGAGAUAGACUGGAAAAGACCAUCAUUCUUUUUACUAAAGUGCUUUUGGACUUCUUAGAUCAGCAUCCCUUUUCAUUUACUCCUCUAAUUCAGAGAUCACUGGAAUUUUCUGUAAGCUAUGUUUUUACAGAAGUUGGUGAAGGCGUUACAUUUGAACGAUUCAUCGUCCAGUGUAUGAAUCUUAUUAAGAUGAUUGUCAAAAAUUAUGCUUAUAAGCCAUCCAAAAAUUUUGAAGAUAGCAGCCCUGAAACUCUUGAAGCCCAUAAGAUUAAGAUGGCAUUCUUCACAUAUCCUACUUUGACAGAGAUAUGUAGAAGAUUAGUCUCUCAUUAUUUUCUGUUAACUGAAGAAGAACUGACAAUGUGGGAAGAAGACCCAGAAGGCUUUACAGUGGAAGAAACAGGAGGAGAUUCUUGGAAAUAUAGUUUGAGGCCAUGCACUGAAGUAUUAUUUAUAGAUAUAUUCCAUGAAUAUAAUCAGACUCUUACUCCUGUACUUCUAGAAAUGAUGCAAACCCUUCAAGGACCCACAAAUGUGGAAGAUAUGAAUGCACUGUUAAUCAAAGAUGCUGUAUAUAAUGCUGUCGGAUUAGCUGCUUAUGAGCUGUUUGACAGUGUUGAUUUUGAUCAGUGGUUUAAAAACCAGCUUCUUCCAGAAUUACAAGUCAUUCACAAUAGGUAUAAGCCAUUGCGACGCAGGGUGAUUUGGCUCAUCGGUCAGUGGAUUUCUGUGAAAUUCAAGUCUGACUUAAGACCCAUGCUUUAUGAAGCAAUCUGUAACUUGCUUCAAGAUCAAGAUUUAGUGGUCCGUAUUGAAACAGCCACAACUUUGAAGUUAACUGUUGAUGAUUUUGAAUUUAGAACAGAUCAGUUUCUACCGUAUUUGGAAACCAUGUUCACACUACUUUUUCAGUUACUGCAGCAAGUUACAGAAUGUGACACAAAGAUGCACGUUUUGCAUGUCCUUUCUUGUGUCAUCGAAAGAGUCAAUGUGCAGAUACGACCAUAUGUGGGAUGCUUGGUACAAUAUUUGCCCCUCCUUUGGAAGCAGAGUGAAGAGCACAAUAUGUUGAGAUGUGCAAUUUUGACAACACUUAUUCAUCUUGUUCAGGGAUUAGGAGCAGACAGCAAGAACCUGUACCCUUUCCUGCUCCCAGUUAUUCAACUGAGUACAGAUGUUUCUCAGCCUCCACAUGUUUAUCUUCUGGAAGAUGGUUUAGAAUUAUGGUUAGUAACUUUGGAAAACAGCCCAUGUGUUACACCGGAGUUGCUUCGUAUAUUUCAGAAUAUGUCACCACUUCUUGAACUAAGUUCAGAAAAUCUCAGAACUUGCUUUAAGAUCAUCAAUGGUUAUAUCUUUUUAUCAUCAACAGAAUUUUUACAGACAUAUGCAGUAGGUCUAUGCCAGUCCUUUUGUGAACUUUUAAAGGAGAUUACCACAGAAGGUCAAGUUCAAGUGCUGAAGGUUGUGGAAAAUGCCCUUAAAGUGAACCCAAUAUUAGGUCCGCAGAUGUUUCAGCCGAUUUUACCCUAUGUUUUCAAGGGUAUUAUAGAAGGGGAGAGGUAUCCUGUAGUGAUGUCCACGUAUCUUGGAGUUAUGGGUCGAGUUCUACUACAAAACACUAGUUUUUUUUCUUCACUACUUAAUGAGAUGGCCCAUAAAUUUAAUCAAGAGAUGGACCAGCUUUUGGGAAAUAUGAUCGAAAUGUGGGUUGAUCGAAUGGACAACAUUACCCAGCCCGAAAGAAGAAAACUUUCAGCUUUGGCUUUGCUUUCUCUUCUGCCAUCUGAUAAUAGUGUUAUCCAAGAUAAAUUCUGUGGGAUUAUAAACAUCUCAGUGGAAGGCCUGCACGACGUCAUGACGGAAGAUCCUGAAACAGGAACUUAUAAAGACUGUAUGUUGAUGUCUCAUCUUGAGGAACCAAAAGUUACAGAAGAUGAAGAACCACCCACAGAGCAAGAUAAGAGGAAAAAGAUGCUGGCCCUGAAGGACCCUGUUCAUACAGUGUCACUGCAGCAGUUCAUCUACGAGAAGCUGAAGGCACAGCAGGAGUUACUAGGAGAACAAGGUUUCCAGUCCCUCAUGGAAACAGUGGACACAGAGAUUGUCACCCAGCUACAGGAGUUUUUGCAAGGAUUCUAAGAGCACAUAAUAUGUUGCUGCCUCCCCUUUCAGAAAUAAGCUGAAUAACCCAGCCUGCCGUUUGUAUGUGAGAGCCUGCUGAGAUGAAGAAAUCACUUGUGUAUGAAAAUAAGCAAAGACCACACAUUUUUUUACUACAAAAUGUAAUGAAUACAUGUAAAUCCUGCAUAACUAAAAUCACAAACCUAUUCCUCAAAAGAAUUUAAUUUUAUAUUUAUGAGGGGGCCCUUUACUAAAAAGUACAUGUAAAAGUACAUUUGAUGACAAUAGCCACUUAGAUUCCUGUUAAGAGAAGAAACUUUAUCUUUUAAUUAUGUGCUCUUAGCACUUGAAAAGAUGAAAGUUAAUAUCCGAGAUGUUUUUCUGCAACCAAAAUUGGUUAAAUUUGGCUGCCUUACCCUUUUUUUAAGCUAAUGAAACUACAGGUUUGAAAAAUGACAAAGCUCUUCAGAUGAUGCUAUUAAAGAAAUGUGUGUACUAAGCAAAAAUAUAUAAAUAGUGACAAAUACACAUUACCAAUAUUAUCUUGCAAGGGAGUUAUUUUCAUCUAACAUAGAAAAUGUGUUUUAUCAGAGAAAUGCUUUUAUUUUCAUUCUAAUAAUUUGAUACAGAAAUUAGUAAAGGCAUUUUUCUUGUGGUUUUUUUUCUCCCCAAGUAAAUACAUUGGGUCUAUAAAUGUACAUUUGCUAAGGCCCACGAACGUGAACCUGUGAUACUGCAGUACCACAUGGGAGGCCUCUGGUUACGGUUUGGUGGUCCUAGUUCCUUUGUUACUCCUGUGAGCGUCAAGAAGAACUGGGCAACUCCCAGUCCCCACCUGUGCUGUGACAGUCCCACAUGGCUAUAACAGACUGUUGAGCACUUGCCCUUCCCAGGUUCCUCAAUGCAGGGGGGUGCAUCAGGGCCUCAGUAAUAGGGGUAUACCUUGGAGGAUCCAGCAGUAAUCCCCAGAGUACUAGGAUUACUAGUACACUGAUGGAAUUAGUCUUCCUUCCUUAUUCCUCCAACAUGCAGUACGUAAAAAGGGGAAAAGGAGAAAAAAAAAGCCUUACUUUGUUUUACUUGCCAUUUAUCGUAAGGAAACUUUAAAGCAUUUUUUAGGAAAUACUCAAAAGCAAGGUUGGAAAAUGUCUUAUCUUUCUAUAGAAAGCUGGGUACAGUAUGUAACUGCGGGAAACACACUACCCCUUUGUGAGCUGUGGAACCCAAAAUGUAUGGGGAUAUUUGAUGUUUUCAGAAAAAGAAGAAACUAUGGUCCAAAUUAAAUUUUCCAAAGAUA